AUGACUUCAGCAGAACAUUUUAUUAGUUUAAUUACUGUGGCAAGUGCAAAAAAACUAGCUACUGCACUUGUCCUUUGUUUUAUUGUAUAUCAUGGAUUAAUGCAUCUUGUCUAUGGUAGUGAUUCUUGUAAGUGGUUAUUAACAGAAGGAAGAUACAAAGGAGAUAAAGAAUGGCAACCUUAUGGUUGUAUGAUGCACUAUUACACACAAACAGACAGUCGCAGAUGUUUGAGAUAUCUAGCUUUCAUGGGCCACCAUAAUCAUUUUGUAUUUAUUGGAGAUUCUAGAAUUAGGCAAUUGUAUAAGUCUUUUAUAUCACAAUUUAUAGUUGAUGGAAAAGCAUCUGAUCUAACAGAAUUGCCAGCAAAUUCUGAUUUAAAUUUUAAUGAUGCACAACUUAGACUCAAUGUACAAUUUUUAUGGAGGCCUCAGUUGGAUAAUUUUAUGAUAGAAGACCUUAGAGGCUGGAUGAAAACUGAUGCACCUAGCUUAAUUGUUUCAGGCUGUGGAGUAAUGACAAUUCUUGCUAAUAACAACAGUGAUACUCAGUUGUAUUCUGAGUAUAGUAUGGGAUUAGUGAGACUUGUGCAACCAGUAGACUUUUUAGCUAAAAAAAAUACAAAGUAUUUAUGGAUGCUGCAGGAUCCUGUAUUGAAAGAAAGGCUACCAGCUCAAUUAUCAGGCAUAGAUAAUAGACAAAUUAAUUUGUGUAAUAAAGCAGCAAUAAAGAUACUAUCUCAUAGUGAAGUUCAUAUAUGGGAAAGCAGUAAACUUGUUGGUGCAGGUGUCUUAGAACAAAGUCCUGAUGGAUACUUAGCUAGUCCUCUAUCUUUGCGGCACAAGGUUCAAAUAUUAUUAAAUACUUACUGCAAUGAUCAUAUGAAUUUUGAUGAUGGUAGCUGUUGCAGUUAUCCAGAACCAGCAACAACAUUGCAACUAUUAAGUUUGUCUGCACUUGCUCUGUGUAUAGUAAUUGGUGGUGGAAUGUGGUUAUAUAGAAAAUUUUGUCAUUAUCGAACCGAAAUUUCUUACUCACACGUUACCACUGUUGAAGUGGAAGAUACAGAAGAAGCAAAUACUUCUGAAGCUACACAGAUUGAACAACCUGAAGUACAAGAUUUUUAUACUUUGAUGACAUCAUUGGCUCUGUUGUCAAUCAUCUUAGCUUACUUUUAUUUGUGUGAUAGAACAAAUUUUUUUAUGAAGGAGAAUAAGUACUACAGUGAAUUUAGUUUCUGGUUACCACUUGGAUAUAUAUUGGCUCUUGGAUUAUUUUUUACUGAAGAUAGAGAAAGGGGACCAAGAACUUUAAACCGAGAACAAACAGAUGAAUGGAGAGGCUUAAUGCAGGCUGUUGUGUUAAUCUAUCAUGUUACUGGGGCUAAAAAUGUUUUGCCUAUUUAUAUGUAUUUAAGAUUAAUUAACUCUGCUUAUUUAUUUAUUUCUGGAUAUGGACAUUUUUGUUACUUUUGGCAAACAGGUGAUGUUUCCUUGGUGAGGUUUGCUAGAGUAAUGUUUAGAUUAAAUUGCUUAACAGUGUCUCUCUGCCUUUGUAUGAACAGACCAUAUCAAUUUUAUCAUUUUGUACCAUUGGUCUCAUUCUGGUUUUUAGUCAUUUAUUUCCUAGCAUGGCUACCACCAAGAAUAUAUUCUGGUAGUCUGAAUGAAUAUGGACCAAGAGCUCUAUUGUACCUUGCUUUAAAACUUUUAGGUCUUGCAUCAAUGAUCACAAUAUUAUACAUGUCAGAGGUUUUUUUUGAAAAAGUGUUUCUAACAAGACCUUGGAAAGCAUUAUUUGUUACAACCGAUGAUGAUAUACGUGAAUGGUGGUCACGUUGGAGAGUGGACAGAUACAGUGUGGCUUGGGGAGUUACUUUUGGGGCAGGUCUUGUAGCUUUACAAAGGAUAGAUCACAUUCCAGGAACUGCAUUAUCCUCUUUACUGGCAUUAAUUUCUUUAACUGCUUACACUACUUUUACUAUAUUAUGUCACUCCGUGUCGGAAUGUGAAGAAAUUCACUCCUAUGUUGCUUUUAUACCGAUUAUAGGGUAUAUAGCACUGAGAAAUGCAUCAUUAACAUUACGCGGAAAACAUUCAGCUCUUUUGGCUGGUUUAGGUCGAAUCAGUUUAGAAACUCUAGUCGCACAAGGUCACAUUUGGUUGGCAGCAGAUUCACAUGGUGUAUUAGUAUUAAUGCCCAGGUUUCCAGUAUUAAAUCUUUUAGUCACAUCGUUCAUUUUUAUAUGCGCAAGUCACGAAAUACAUAGAUUAACACAGGUGUUAGCACCAUAUGCAGUACCAAAUGACUGGAGAUUGGUAGCCCGUAAUUUGUUAUUAUUUAUUGCAGUUCUUGUACCAAUAGGUAUUCAUGAUGGAAUGUUUUAA